GUCAUCACACCAGUCAGACCACCGACGACACGGAGUCUGCUGCUGGGAUGAGGCUCAGCACCGGAGAAUCACAGGGAUUGAUCCAGUUCCGAGGUUGAACACAUUCUGAGUGAAAACGCCGCGGAGAGAUCGGAUUGUUUUCAGGAGAAGGAAAAACAAACCUGCGCUCCGCCAAGAUGAUGGAGGAAAUAGACAGAUUCCAGGUACCGAGCGCGGUGCAGGAGGCAGAGAUGCAGUCUGAGAUGCAGCCGCUGGACCCUGCUUCUUCCACUGCCUCAGAGGCAGACUCAGACACCAGAGAGGGAGAAGCUGUCACUAUCAACUAUAAGCCCUCACCUCUUCAGAUGAAAAUAGAGAAACAAAGAGAUCUGGCCAGGAAGGGCUCGUUAAAGAACAGCACCACUGUAAGUAGUCCGGUUAACCAGCAGCCAAAGAAGAACAACGUCAUGGCAAGAACACGGCUGGUGGUGCCAAAUAAAGGUUAUUCUUCCUUAGACCAGAGCCCAGAUGAAAAGCCCCUGGUGGCCUUAGAUACCGACAGUGAUGAUGAUUUCGACAUGUCUAGAUACUCUUCUUCUGGAUAUUCUUCCGCAGAGCAAAUUAAUCAGGAUCUAAACAUCCAGCUACUGAAAGACGGCUACCGUCUCGACGAGAUCCCGGAUGAUGAGGACCUUGACCUGAUCCCGCCCAAAUCAGUCAACCCCACCUGCAUGUGCUGCCAGGCGACCUCCUCCACAACCUGUCAAAUCCAGUAACCCUCAUACCGCUAUUCUCAUUCCUUACAAACUUAACCCCGCCGUCUUCAUCCGCUGUGACUUUACCUCGCCGCCAGAGUGGCAAAAGUGAGGCAUUUAUAGAAUAUCGUCAUGACAGUGAAGUGCUAUGAUGGUUAGGUAAAUAAUCACACUUACAACUAAAAACUUUGGUACAAAAUCUAGUGCAGUAAAGUAAGGAAUGGUAAAAGCAGUAAAGUGAUGGAUUCCUCCUAUGGCAGGACGAACACUUCUGUUUGAGCACUCCUCCUCUGGUCAGACAUGAUGUGACCCCCCUUGUAUUAGAUCAUAGACAGGAAGAGGUCAGUUGCUGCUGUGAAAGGGUUUCCUGUCCCCUGACCUGUUGCAAACAUUAUUAUUACUGCUGAUUAAACUGUCCUGAUGUGGUUUGCCUUGAUCUAUUUUCCCUGCUUAUUUUAAUGCAUUAACUGUAUGGAAUUAAGGGAUAAGUGAUGGUUUACCUGGUUAUGAGAAAUGUGGAAUGUAGUCUUUCUAAUCCCAAAAUAGAGAAUUUCUGGUACUGUAUCCUUAGUACUGUACAGGGUUGUUAUGUAGCACAGGUCACAUCCUUGCACACGUUAACAUCAACAUUUCCUCUUUCUCUGCAAUGGCCUAGUAAGAUGUCAAAUUAAGGAGUUCAUGGAUGAAUGUUUGAAUGGCUGUAGGACAAACAGCAUAGAGGUACUGAGGAAUAUUUAAAGCACGCAGAUUUUGUCCAUUUAAUCUUCAGUUGUGCAAUCAUACGCUGCUGUUAUGGCACAAGUUUGUUUCUUUUUAUUUUAUUUUGCACUUUUAUUUUAGGCUUCAUGUACUCAUAUCAUUAUGUCCUGCACUAUAUGUGAAAGUGGCUUACUUAAAAAAUACAGGCUUCAGACAAGCCUGAAGGGAAAGUUAUAAAUUUUGACUGUGAUUCUCUGUUUUCCACUUUGUCUUUCUAAAUUAUUUACAUCCCUUGGAUUUUUGCACAUAAGUGUGUAUUAUUUUAUCUAAAUGUAAAAGAUCAACACAAUGUGGGUCAUAAUUAGGAAGCAGAAUACAAGGAAUACUUAGUAUUCUUAAUUUCUUACAAAUAAGAAUCUCAAAAAUGUUGAGUGCAUCCAGUAAUUCUUUACAUUAGCUCAUGGGAAUUCCAUUUAGAGUUUUAUCUUAAAAAUCUAAAUUUAAUUCUUGUUUGUGAUUCUCAAUUGGAAUUAGUAAUCUGUAACAUCCAUAUGGAUUAUGUGUUCCGUAUGAAAGUGUUAAUUUUCCACCCCACAAAUAUAUUUGCAUACUGUACUUCUUUUGGAGAUUACAAUCUUUGUCUUGUUUCUCUCACCUGAGCUGUGGAUCCUUGAAGCUCUGUUAAAUGUACUUAUACAUCUCUUCUUUAAACUUCUCUAAUUAUUUAUUUAUUUUACUUUUAUUUUACCAGGAAAAAAAAUCCCAUUGAGAUUAAAAACCUCUUUUUCAAGGGAGUCCUGGCCAAGAGGCAGCAAAGUUACAUAUUAAACAGAGAUACAUUCAAUUAAAUUACAGAUAUCUACAAAUGUAUUCCUGGUCUUUCCUAUUAAGGAACAUAGUGGGAAAAUUGGUAUAAGUCUAUUCAAUAAUCUCACUGCUUUAUAUUUAGGAGUAUCUCAGAAAAGGAGGCUGAAUACAAAUGCACUCCACAAUGUUGAGAAAUGUAUUGUUUUUCUACCAAUUCCCAACUAUGUACUUAUUCUGUGUUGAUCAGUCACAUUUAAAUCUAGUAAUGCAUAUGGAAUUUUGUGAUUUGAUUUAAUAAAAAGUAAAAAGGGAUUAAACAAAUACUUUUUGCAAGGUACUGUGCAGUUUAAAGCCAAAGGAACUAAAGGAGGGAGGUUCAAAUAGAAUUUAAAUAUUGAGUUUGUUGAGUUAAAGAAUCUGGUUUAGUGUCACAAAAUGAUCACUGGACGCUGCCAAUUAUGAAGGAAAACACAUGAUCCUAGAACAGGAAGAGUCUCUCUUCUCUUAUAUGUGCAUGUGUACAAAGCUAGGAUGCCACAACAUGUAAGACAAUGAAACUGAACCUUAUGUAGAUUGUAGAAAACAUUCUGUAAUCCUCCAUCAAGGAUGGUUGACUCAGAACACCAGUAUCCUUUAUUUACAAACCUCUCUUAUCUGAUUUAAUUGUUAAAUGCAAAUAUAGUAUGCCUUAAAGAUGGAGAAGUUUAAAAGCUGUUUUAAUCGUUUUUGGUUUAUUUGUGAGAUGAAAUUAUUUUUUUUAACAUGUACUCUUUUUUUUUUUGA